AUGGCGAGUCGGCGGUUAAGAAAUGCAAAUGCGACAUCAGAAGUGGGAUCAGAAUCUUUUGAAGGAUGGCAGCAAAUAAUAGCUCGUCAAAAUCAAAGUUUGGAAGCAAUUGCGCAUGCGUUACUCGGUCGGAAUAGCGAAAUACAUUUACCUGAAUUUGACCCAGCAACUGAGGGCGCUGAUGCUCAUGCUUGGGUUGUGAUGGCUGAUAUGGUCGUUGGUGAAAAUUCGCUGCAAGGAAGUGCACUAUUGUCUGCAUUAAGCAGAGCCAUGAAAGGGGCAGCGUCAGUGUGGCUAUCACAAAUAUCACACACGGGGCUAACGUGGGCCGAAUUUAAAGAAUGUUUUAAAACACGGUUUGAAAUUUACGAAUCAGCAGCCGCUUUUAUUUUAAACAUGAAAAAUAAAAGACCAAAUGAAGGUGAAUCUAUUGCAGCGUAUGCAGCGACUCUGGCAGCGACUCUGAUUUCGCGUUGGAGUGAUAUGUCGAUAGAAAAUAUUGCUGUGUCUAUCGUUUUGGCGCAUGUUGCACAAUUUGACAAUCGUUUGCGUCGAUUAGCGCAUACGUGUGUUGCAUAUACUUGUAAGUCGCUUCAGCAAGAACUAAAAGCAAUUUCUAUUAAGCGAAAGAUGAUCGACAGUGCUGGUGACAGUGCGCCUAAACGGCAGAGUUCCAGUUCAGCUGCAAUAAAGUGUUUUCGCUGUGGUUCGAGUGGCCAUAAAGCUUUCCAGUGUAAAUCGUCAUCAAGCAAUGAUAAGGCAGUAACUUGUUAUAAGUGUAAACAAGUGGGCCACUAUGCUUCUAAAUGUAAAAAAAAUGAAAGUAAACAUAUCGAGAAACGGGUGGAAAUGUGUGCCGUUGGAAUGCCAAUGGGGACUCUGACACAUGAGGACAAGAAAUUCAAUUUUUUAUACGAUGCUGGUGCUGAAUGUUCCUUAAUGAAGAAGAAUGUAAGCAGUAAAUUUAGUGGUAAGAAAAUUUUUAAUAAUGGAAAUGUGACCGGCAUCGGACAGGCUAGUAUAGAAUGCACUAUGCAAAUUGUUUCAGAAAUACAAAUUAGUGGAGUUUGCUUAGAAAUAGUGUUCCAUGUACUGGCAGAUCAUUGUUUGCGAAAUGAUAUUUUAAUAGGGCGUGAAAUUUUAGACCUUGGACUUACUAUAACAAUGACUGCAGACACUUUAGUGGUGUCAAAAAUAAAAGAAGUCAGCACAUGCAGUUCAACGCAGUCGUUUGAAAUAAAUGAUAGUAGUAUAGAUAUAGAUAUUUUACCCGCUGCGAGAACCAGAUUGAUGGACAUUUUAAAUACGUUUGAAAGAAAUUUUAUAGAUGCAAUGUGCUUUUGGUUGCUUGUUGGUGCUUAUGGUAGUAGUAAUAUUCGAGCAACGUUAAAUUGA